AUGUCUGUUUUAUUAAAAGAAACAUUUGCUAGGUGCAAGAAAGAAGGCCGUAAUGCGUUGGUCAACUUCAUUACUGCUGGUUAUCCAACCAUUGAAGAUACUUUACCAAUCUUAAAAGGUAUGCAGAAGGCGGGUGUCGAUAUUAUCGAAUUAGGAGUUCCGUUUUCCGAUCCUAUUGCUGAUGGUCCAACUAUUCAAGCAGCUAAUGUCGUUGCUUUAAAUAACGGAAUUACUGUUACUAAAUGUUUAGAUUUGGUAGCUCAGGCAAGAGCCGAAGGUGUCACCGUGCCAAUUUUAUUGAUGGGUUACUACAAUCCAAUUUUAAAGUAUGGUGAACAAAGAAUGAUUGAAGAUUCCGCCAAGGCCGGUGCAAAUGGUUACAUUGUUGUUGAUUUGCCACCUGAAGAAGCAGUUAAAUUCAGAUCAUUGUGUACUACUAAUGGUUUAUCAUACGUUCCAUUGGUUGCUCCAGCGACUACUGAUGAGCGUUUGAAGCUUCUUGGUGAAAUAGCUGAUUCAUUCAUUUACGUGGUUUCCAGAAUGGGUACCACUGGUGCUACUGUCAGCGUAACGAAUGAUAUUUCUGAAUUAUGUAACAGAGUCAGAAAAUUUGCUGGAGAUACGCCUAUAGCUGUUGGUUUCGGUGUUUCAACUAGAGAGCAUUUCUUGACCGUCGGUGAAGCAGCUGAUGGUGUUGUCAUCGGAUCAAAAAUUAUCACCUUAAUUGGGGAAUCAAAACCUGGUGAAAGAGGCGACACUGCCUAUAAAUAUGUUAGAUCCAUUUUGGGUAAUGACUACCAAACAAAUGCUCCAGAGCUGUUUAAGGCUAGUGAAAGAAGUGAAGCUAAGUCCACUAAUCCUUCAUUCGAAGAAAUACACAAGUAUAAUCCAAGAUUUGGUGACUUCGGAGGUCAAUAUGUUCCAGAGGCAUUACAUACUUGUUUAGCUGAAUUAGAAAGAGGAUUUGAGGAUGCUGUUGCUGACCCUAAGUUCUGGGAAGAGUUUAAAUCUUUAUACUCAUACAUUGGUAGACCAUCAUCUUUGCAUAGAGCUGAUAGGUUAACCGAAUACGCAGGCGGUGCUCAAAUUUGGUUGAAAAGAGAAGAUUUAAAUCAUACUGGUUCCCAUAAGAUUAAUAAUGCUUUAGCUCAGGUUUUAAUUGCAAGAAGAUUAGGUAAAAAGAAAAUUAUUGCAGAAACCGGUGCUGGACAACAUGGUGUUGCAACUGCCACUGCUGCUGCCAAAUUUGGUUUGGAGUGUACCGUUUUCAUGGGAGCUGAGGAUGUUAGGCGUCAAGCUUUAAAUGUUUUCAGAAUGAGAAUUUUAGGCGCAAAAGUUGUUGCUGUCACUAACGGUACCCAAACAUUAAGGGAUGCUACUUCAGAAGCUUUCAGAUUUUGGGUUUCUAAUUUAGAAAGUACCCAUUACGUUGUUGGCUCUGCAAUUGGCCCACAUCCUUAUCCAACCUUAGUUAGAACUUUCCAAAGUGUUAUUGGUAACGAAACCAAAGAACAAUUCAAAGAAUUAAAUGGUGGUAAAUUACCAAAUGUCGUGGUCGCCUGUGUUGGUGGUGGUUCUAAUUCGACAGGUAUGUUUUCUCCAUUCGAAAAUGAUACUGAGGUUAAGUUGUUAGGUGUUGAAGCCGGUGGUGACGGUAUUGAUACUGAACGUCAUUCAGCAACCUUGACUGCUGGUAUCCCUGGUGUGUUCCACGGUGUAAAAACUUACGUUUUACAAGAUAGUGAUGGUCAGGUUCAUGAUACUCAUUCUGUUUCUGCUGGUUUGGAUUAUCCAGGUGUCGGCCCAGAAUUGGCAUUUUGGAAGAGCACUGGUAGAGCAACAUUUGUUGCCGCUACUGAUGCUGAAGCUUUACAUGGCUUCAAGUUAUUAUCUCAAUUGGAAGGUAUUAUUCCAGCUUUAGAGUCUUCACAUGCUAUUUUUGGUGCCGUUGAGGUUGCUAAGAAUUUGCCAAAGGACCAACACAUUGUUAUCAAUGUUUCAGGUAGAGGUGAUAAGGAUGUCCAAAGUGUCGCAGAGGUUUUACCAAAAUUGGGUGAUAAGAUUGGCUGGGAUUUGAGAUUCGAAGAUGAUCCUUCCAAAUAG